UGGUGGAGAGUGAAGAAGAAAAGGACAGAGAAACUCAAACGUCGAAGGGAUGGGCCCUCUUCGUCAUCAAUGCCGUUGUUUCAGCAUCACCUACCUUCCUAAGCCGAGUCGACUCCGCUCUCUCUCUCUCUCUUUCAUCUCUGCUAUUGUCAAGUUCUCCACCAACUGGGCUAGAGUUGAGUAAGCCACUGUCAAAGAAUCCGUAGAUCUCUCUCCGUCUAUUUGAGUUUCACAAGGAGUAAUGGCAGAUGAGGGAGCCGCUGAAGUCACUGCUCCAGUUCGUCGUGUUCUUCUCAUUUCCGCUGGUGCUUCUCAUUCCGUCGCUCUCCUCUCUGCAAACAUUGUUUGUUCUUGGGGACGUGGAGAAGAUGGGCAGUUAGGCCAUGGUGAUGCUGAGGAUCGACUUUCUCCGACAAAAUUGAGUACAUUGGAUGGUCUUGAAAUUGUUUCUGUUAUUUGUGGUGCUGAUCAUACAAUUGCAUAUUCUGAGUCACAUGCGAAUGUUUAUAGUUGGGGAUGGGGAGAUUUUGGUAGGUUGGGCCAUGGAAAUUCCAGUGAUUUAUUCACUCCUCAACCAAUUGGAGCAUUACAUGGUUUAAGGAUAAAACAAAUUGCUUGUGGGGACAGCCAUUGUUUGGCAGUGACAAUGGAAGGCCAGGUGCAGAGUUGGGGGCGAAAUCAAAAUGGCCAGCUUGGUCUUGGGACCACUGAAGAUUCUCUUGUGCCUCAGAAAAUUCAAGCCUUCCAGGGAAUCCCAAUUAAAAUGGUCGCAGCUGGUGCUGAACAUACUGCAGCUGUUGCAGAAGGUGGAGAGCUUUAUGGAUGGGGUUGGGGCCGAUAUGGGAAUUUGGGCUUGGGUGACAGAAAGGAUCGAUUGGUGCCUGAGAAAGUUUCUCUCCCUCAUGGAGAGAAGAUGGUUAUGGUUGCUUGUGGAUGGCGGCAUACAAUAUCUGUUUCCUCUUCUGGUGGAUUAUACACAUAUGGAUGGAGUAAAUAUGGUCAGUUAGGACAUGGGGAUUUCGCCGAUCACCUCAUUCCGCAUCAACUGGAAGCAUUGCGGGAUAGUUUUAUAUCUCAGAUAUCAGGCGGUUGGAGACACACUAUGGCAGUGACAUCUGAUGGAAGACUGUAUGGCUGGGGAUGGAAUAAGUUUGGACAGGUCGGAGUUGGUGACAAUGUGGACCAUUGUUCUCCUGUGCAAGUUAAAUUUCCUAAUGAGCAGAAAGUGAUUCAGAUCGCAUGUGGAUGGAGGCACACACUUGCUGUUACGGAACAGCAAAAUGUAUUUUCUUGGGGAAGAGGUACAAAUGGACAGCUUGGCCAUGGAGAGUCUGUUGACCGGAACGUACCGAUGAUGAUAGAAGCUUUAAGUGUUGAUGGAUCUGGUUGCCAGCAGAUAGAAUCCUCAACGUUUGAUUUGUCAUCAGGGAAAGCCUGGGUGUCACCAUCAGAAAGAUAUGCUGUCGUUCCUGAUGAAUCGGGGCAAACCGGUGGUUCAGGCAAUGGGAAUGAUGCAAGUGUGCCGGAGGGUGAUGUUAAGCGGAUCCGAAUUUGAUCCCAAUUGCCAAGACUGAAUGUAAAUUCCUACUGCGUCCAGACUGUCUUUUGCUCUUGCUAACUAGGGUGAUGUUGGUGCUUGGUUUACUCAGGCUUUUUUCUAUUAUUUUAGAUUUUUAGUUUUUUUCUGGACCUCCUUUAUUAUGCAAUUAGUUAAAUGCUUGUGCAUUUCACAAUAUAUUUAAAAUUAUGUUUUUUAAUAUAAUUUUAACUUUUUAAUUGAUUUUAA